AUGGGCGAAUAUGAAGUAUAUACGUAUAUAUCCUCCCUCCCCGCACGCAAUCCUUCCCCAACAACAACAACCCCCCACCAACUCUACAAUCUACUGGCAACAUUGAAUCUCCAAACACACCACCAUGAUCACCCUCCCCACCCCCCUCUCCCAAAUCCCGCGCCACCCACUCCUCUACGCGCACCCUUCCCCCAUCCACCCCCUCCCAGCCCUAACCGGCCUCCUCAACCCCCCCUCCCCUUCCCCAGAACCCCCCACAUAACCCUCCACCUAAAACGCGAAGACCACUCCUCCCCCCUCACCAACUCGGGCAAUAAAUACCGCAAACUCGAAUACCUAAUCCCGGACAUCCUCUCCGCGCAUCCGCAACACGGCGGACUGGCCCCGGGCCCAGCCCACGGCACCGCCUCCCCACCAACCUCCACCUCCCAACCCCCUCAGCGCACAACAACCCUCGUCACCGAAGGCGCCAUCCAAAGCAACCACACGAUCCAAGUCGCGGCGGUCGCGAACCACCUCGGUCUCGAAACCGUGGUGGUCCUGCAUAAAGGUGCGGGGGGCGGGUUAUCCGCGUCAACGGAUAAAGAGGCGUUUUUGAGGACCGGGAAUGUGCAGAUUGCGGGGCUUUUGGGGGCCGAGGUGAGGGUGGUGGAUUCUUCGACGAUUGCGAUUGCGAUUGCGAGUGGGAAAGGGGAGGGGGAAAAGGAAUCCGUGGUGAGCAGGGUGUUGGAGGAGUUACGUGCGAAGGGCAAGAAUCCGUAUUGGAUUCCGUCCGGGGCGAGUUUACAUCCGUUGGGGGGGUUGGGGUAUGCGCGAUGUGCGGUGGAGAUAGCGGCGCAGGAGAGGGGGAGGGACAUUGAGGGCGGACGACGCGUGGAUUAUGUGUUUGUGGCGUGUGGGAGUGGGAGUACGGUUGGGGGCCUGAUUGCGGGGUUUAAGUUGUUGGAGAAGAUGGAGAGGGAGGAAGAAAAGGUGACGCAGCGCCCACCGCGCAAAGUCAUUGGGAUAAUCAUAUCCCCGACGCAGUCGCUUGCGUGUCACCAGGAGAGAGUCCUGGGGUUUGCGCGGCAGGCAGCGGGGCUAAUUGGGCUGGAUCCGCAGAGGGAGGUGAGUAUGGAUGAUGUGAUCUUGGAUGACCGGUUUGCGGGGACGAGGUAUGGAGUAUUGGAUGCGGAGACGAAGGAGGCGUUGACGUUGAUGGCGCGGAAGGAGGCGGUCAUGUUGGACCCGGUGUAUACGGCGAAGGUUUUCCGGGGGAUGAAGCAUUGGGUCCAGGAGGGGGAGCUGGCGAGGGACUGGACCGCGCGGGUCGGGGCGUCGAGUGGCUAUGGCCAUGACCAGGAGCGAGUCAAUGCCCUGUUGAUGCACACGGGAGGACAGUCGGCGCUGAGUGCGUAUGCGGAUGUGGAGUAAAGAUCAAGUUUCGACGAUAAAAAAAAUACCCGAGAUGUGAUGGCAAUAUUAUUAAUAGAGGCGGACUAUAGUUAGAUGAUCGACGGCACGGCAUCGGAUCAUACUCUGUGUGUAGAUCAUGGCGCGCAGUAGUGCGGCUCUAACGGCCCAAGGUCAGUGGAUGAGAGAGUAGUAUGUC